AUGGUGCGUUUUGAUCUUGACGGGCUGGACCUCUUCUUCCCUUAUGAUCGAUUGUACGAGGAGCAGUACAACUAUAUGCUCGAAUUAAAACGUGCCCUGGACGCCAAAGGGCAUUGUCUGCUUGAGAUGCCUACUGGCACGGGCAAGACCGUUUGUCUAAUUUCUCUGAUAACGAGUUACCAGUUCGCGCACCCUGAAGUGGGCAAGCUAAUCUACUGCACUCGUACCGUGCCUGAGAUGGUGAAGUGCGUGGAGGAGGUUCGAAAGGUCAUCGAUUACCGAGUGAAAUGCAUCGGCGCCGAGGGCGGGAAGGUACUGGCCGUCUGUCUGAGCUCGCGGCGGAACUUGUGUAUCCACGAGAGGGUGAUGGAGGAGAGCGACCGGGAGGCUGUGGACUCGGCCUGCCGAUCUAUGACCGCGUCCUGGGUGCGUCAGAGAGGGGCGACGUCGGCGAACGUGGAGCUCUGCCAGUACUACGAAGAAUACGAGAAGAAUGGCACGGAUGCGGGCAUUGCCCACGGGAUAUACUCCCUGGACGACUUAAAGGAGUUGGGGAAGGACCGGGGCUGGUGCCCGUAUUUUCUGGCGCGGCAUAUCAUUAAUCAUGCCAACAUCCUCAUCUACAACUACCAAUACGUCCUGGAUCCGAAGGUGGCGGGCCUGGUCUCCAAGGAGCUGGAGGCAGAGAGCAUCGUUGUCUUCGACGAGGCCCACAACAUCGACAACGUCUGCAUCGAAGCCUUGUCUGUGGAACUGGACGAGCGGUCGCUGGACAAAGCCACUCGGUGCCUAGGGAAACUCUCCACCGAGGUGAGCAAGAUGAAGCAGAAGGACGCGAACAAGCUGAACGAGGAGUACCAGCGCCUUGUAAGGGGUCUGGCGGAGUCGGGGGCCCUGGGUGGGGCUGCCGGGGCAGGCUCUGCGGCCUCUCCCGCGGACGCAAUGCUUGCGAACCCGGUCCCUCGACUGCCCGACGCCUUGGCCCAGGAGGCGGUACCGGGGAAUAUUCGACGGGCCGAACACUUCCUGACCUUCAUGAAGAAGGUGGUAGAGCAUUUGAAGACCCUCCUCCGUGUAGACAGCACGCAGAAGCAGUCCCCCCUGGCUUUUCUCCACUACUUGCAGACGAAAACGGCGCUGGAAGUGAAGCCCUUGCGCUUCACGUACUCCCGGCUCAACUCCCUACUGCGCACCCUGGAGGUGACGCACCUGGACGAGUUCAACCCUUUGCAAGACGUGGCCGACUUCGCCACCCUGGUCGCCACCUACGCGGAGGGCUUCACGGUCAUCACCGAGCCUCAGGGGUCCAGCAUCCCCGGGCUUCGCCAACCCGUCCUCCAACUCUCCUGCUUGGACGCCUCCCUGGCCAUCAAGCCGGUCUUCGAGCGCUUCAAAUCGGUGAUCAUCACGUCCGGCACCCUCUCCCCCCUCGAUCUGUACCCCACCCUCCUCAGUUUCACGCCCGUGGUCCGGCAGAGCAUGGACAUGUCCAUGUUCCGGAAGAGCAUUUGCCCCCUGGUGGUGACCAAGGGCUCGGGCCAGCAAGUGAUCACGACCCGCUUCGAGAAGCGCGACGACCCCUCCGUGACGCGGGACUACGGCGAGCUCCUGGUGGAGAUAGCCACCCACGUCCCGGACGGAGUCGUCUGCUUCUUCACCUCCUACUCCUACAUGGAACGGGUCGUGCAAGAAUGGGAGGACGGGGGGAUCCUCCGGCAGAUCUUGGAGAGGAAGUUGAUCUUCAUCGAGACCAAAGACGUGGUGGAGACGACCCUGGCAUUGGACAACUUCCGACGGGCCUGUGACUCUGGACGGGGGGCGAUUUUCCUCUCCGUCGCCCGAGGAAAAGUGGCGGAAGGGAUCGAUUUCGACCGGCACUACGGCAGGGCGGUCAUUUUGAUAGGAGUGCCCUUUCAAUACACAUUAUCCCCGGUUAUUCGCGAGCGACUCGAAUACUUGCAGACGAAGUUUCACAUCAACCCUUCGGAUUUUUUGACCUUCGACGCCAUGCGACAGGCGGCUCAGUGUGUGGGGAGGGUGAUCCGCAGCAAGCUGGACUACGGACUGAUGAUAUUCGCCGACUCCCGGUACAACCGGUACGAUAAGAGAACGAAGCUACCGAAGUGGAUCUUGGACUGCAUGGGAACGAACCAUUUGGACUUGUCGACAGGAGACGCAAUGGACAAGGUCCGGAGGUUUUUGAAGGAAAUGGCGCAGCCGAUGGACGGGAAGGAGUUGCAAAAGAUUCUGUUGGACGAGACCCGGAUCGCGGAGCUGACGGCCAUCCACCAGAGGGGCCUUCAGGGUCUCCAGGCGCGAAACAAGGGCGCGACACUUGGGGUGGCAGGAGCAGCCGCGCUGCCCUCACUCACGCAAGGUGGGACAGGAGGGGGAGCGGGUGGAAGGGGAAGCGUGGACGGGAAGGUGGGCGGUGGGGGGGGGGCAGCGGCGGGUGUGGUGGGAGGGGGCGUCGCGGUCCAUGGACCCGGAGCUCGACGGGAGGAGCAGGCAGGGGAUGACGUUGCUGCCAUCGAACGGGGGGCAUUGAUUCGGGAGGAGGAGGAGGAGCGUCGGCGGGUGCGUGAGGAGGCGGAGGCGAUGCGGCAGGAUGCGGAGGACGAGGCCUGGCUGGAGCGUGCGGAUGUGGAGGAGGGGCAGGACGCAGCGGUUGACAUGGAAGAGGAGCGAGAGAGGGAGAAGGAGGCUCCCGUGUCGAUGCCGCAGCAGGAAAUGGGCCAAAAGGGCCAGGAGAAGAAACGAGAGGUCGAUUUGGGGGGGAGGGGAGCGCCAUGGAGGUCGAGCAGACGCGAG